GUCGUGCUUGUGUGCCUUCAACGUCGAGAAUGAACUUUCCAUCCAGUGCACGGCGGUGAACUUCACGCUCCUGAUGACGGUUCUGCACCAGCGGGCCGGCACUGUGCCCCUCGACCUCCUGUACGUCAAUAACACGCGGAUUAGCGUUCUCAACGACAGGACCUUCGACGGACUCAGUAUCGAGAACAUCCAGUUCUCGUCCUGCGGGAUCUACAACAUCAGCGGCGCCGCCUUCAGGGGCCUGGAGGACACGCUCAAGAACCUCAACCUCCAGGACAACCGCCUCACCGACGUCCCGACCGAGGCCAUCUCCAACCUCCGGCAGUUGAGGCUCCUCGACCUCUCGGGCAACAGGAUCACGACGGUUCCUGACGACGCCUUCAGGGGCCCCGCGCUCUCGACGCUCAAGCUGGCGGACAACGAACUCUCCCUCUCCUCCGGGUCCUUCGCGGGGCUCGAACGGACCCUCAAGAACCUGAACCUUAAAGGAACAAAGCUCCGAAUCGUCCCGCCAGCCAUCCUCAACCUGCCGGUCCUCGCCUUCCUCGACGUCGCCCAGAACCAGAUCCGGGGCCUCGAACCAGGAGCCCUCCGGAACUUGCACUCCCUGACGGCGCUGAACCUGGAGAGGAACCUCCUGCAGAAGCUGGAGGCGCAGGACUUCCUGGGCGUGAACGACACCCUGAGCUCCCUCUCGCUCCUCAACAACCUCAUUACGGACUUCCCGGCGGCGGCGCUCAACACCCUGACGGAGCUGAGGGUUUUGGACAUCGGCUUCAACCUGAUCACGCGAGUGCCCCUGAAUGGGUUUAGGGCCGUCACUUCCCUGACUCUCCUUGCCCUGGACGGAAACCCCCUAAACACCGUCCCUGAAAGAGCUUUUGCCCAUCUCAAUACUACCCUUAGGGGCUUCUCCGUUGGCGGUCGGUUCCUGCAGUGCGAUUGCCGCGUCGCCUGGAUUACCGAGUGGAUCCGAGACUACGACCUGCAGGUGACGUCCCGCGAGCGCAACCCCCAGUUCUGCGGGCAGCCUCCGGAGCUUCGCGAGCGGUCCUUCUACCAGGUGAACCCCGACGAGCUCGCCUGCAACGCCUCCGUCACCGAGGAUCCGCUGUUGCCGCCCUCCGAGGAUCCCGCCACUCCCGUCAGGACGACCCCGACUACGACUUCCACGGAGGUCACGACUCCGGAGACCACCACGACGACGACGACGACUCAAUCGCCUUCCACCACUGCCGCCGCCGCCACGCAGCGCUCGGAACCUGACGCCACGUCCUACCGCCCAGGCACCGCCGUCAGGCCCGGCAGCCGCUCCGGGGAAGGCCCCACGGGCGUCGGGAGCGUCGGCAGCAUCCAGCGCGGCCCCGGCGGAGAAAGCCCUUCUGGAGGGGGCUCAGCCGGACGCCCUUCCUCCUCCUCCUCGUCGCCGUCCUUCGACCUCCCCCCCACCAGGUCCCAGCAGCGCCCCCCGAGGAUCGAGCGCCCCCCCUCGCAGCCCGUGCCCUCCGCCUCCAGGCCCAACCUCGUGCUCAGGAACGAAGACGAAGGCGCCGACGAUUUCUUCGGGGCGAGGGCGCAGGUGCCCUACGUGGAGGAGGUCAUCGUCCAACACGCCUACAGGAAGGAUAAUUCAGUCAUCAUUCAGUGGGAUUCUGAAGUCUCUAAUAUUCUAGGCUUCAGGGUGGUUUACCGUCUCUUCGGUGAUAAGAAUUUCAAGCUGGGUCCUCCCCUCGCAGCCUCAGAGCGGGAAUUCAAAAUCAAGAACGUCCCUACUCAGGAGUGCAUCGUCGUCUGCGUCGUGUCCUUGGAAGAUGUGAACGUCACUCCUAGCAACGUCCAGCACUCCCAAUGCCGCGAAAUCCGGACGGAGACUUCAGCGGCGAUGCACAUGGACACCAUCAUCAUCGCGGCGUCGGCGGCCAUCUGCGGCACCGUCAUCAUCGCCGUCAUCGUCUUCAUCUGCUGCAACCGCAAGCGAGGCAGCCGCAGGGACGAGAAGAACGGAAUCCCCGCCGUCCUGAGCCCCGCCUCGCCCCCCCUGGCUUCCCUGGGCACGCUGGGGUCGGGUACUCUCGGCGGGGGAGGGGGACAUAAGGCCGACUGGGACACGAUCUCCAUGUACUCGCAGAGGUCGAUCCCAAGGGCCAGGAUGUACCACAUGGAUAAAGGCUCAGUCAACAACGGCUUCAUCCCGGACGACGCGCGCUCUCACAUCUCUCACGCGUCGUCCAAGCACAUCCCACGACCCCGCUCGAUGGCUGACGGGCAGAGCCAGAGGUCGUACUCGGCUCUGAGCGCCGCCCACCUCCGCCACACGCCCGCCUUCAACCCCGGGCUUGGUCUCUCUCGACAAGACCUCAGCUUGUCACGACAGUCGCUGGCAGCCUCGCAGUUCAGCGCCGGGGGCUUCGGCACGGGCAUGGCGGUCAACCCCAACGCCUUCGGGAUGAGCGCCGCCUCCGCUGGCCUUUCCCGCGCCGCCUCCCAGCGCAGUGACCGCCGGCGGCAGCGCUCCAAGUCCCGCGACCGCGCCGGAUCCCGCCUCAGCCACGCCGGGUCCACGCACUCCCUCACCGGAUACGACACCGACAACUGGACCGACCACGACAUGGACAUCUACGUCGCCAGGAACCCGACUCGCGGGGGCCUCGUGCAGCUCUAGGACAGACAUCCUCCAGUGCCCUCCGGUGGCUGAGGUCGCGUCCAAGAACAAAGCUCCUUUUUAAUCUUUUUUUGAGGGAGUCUCUUCCUCUGGAGAGCUCGAGCCAAGAGUCCUCGUUCAAGCCGUGAACCUCGUGUCUGUAGAUGGAAGGCUGGGAAUUGAAUUCGGCAUUGAAUGAAGCCUCUCUACAGCACCAGGACGCAGCGGCAAUUUAACAACGAAGGCGCUCACUGCAUCAUGCCCGCUGUGAAACCAUACGUGGCACAAUCAUGACUCCGGAUCUGUCCAUGGUCUGUCGCUGGUCCGUGGAGUCAUGGCAUACGUCGUGAACUUAGCUCUUGCCCCCUGAACUAACGCAUGUUUGUGUGGGGGGGCGGGCGCACAGUCAUACGCAUAAUACCCAUACCCCACACUUUUCUACCCAGUGUGUGUACCCAGCCAUGUGUUAGCUGUGUUAGGUAGAUAGUGGAUGUUCAAGUCGUAUUUCGAAGCUCAUAUUGUCGUUUUUUUCUGUGAAUUAGUUGAUUUUUUUUUGUAUAGUUUCAAAUGUUUAGUAUAGCAUUUUUGUUUGCUGUGUGUGUCUUCGUGUGUGUGUGUGUGACGUGAUGUUAAAAUGAUACUAAAAAUCAUCCUCAGGGUCUGAAAAGAACCCAUAGACGAAGUUAUUAGAAUAACUUUACUAAUCCGAAAAAAAUUGUGUGCUAUACUUGUUUUGAAAUGUCUUUU